AUGGCUGAAGAGAAUUUUACAGUUGUUACAGAGUUUAUUCUUUUGGGAUUGACAGAACGCAAUGAUCUAAAGGUUAUAUUAUUUGUAUUGUUCCUAAUGAUUUAUGCCGUGACUUUGGUGGGGAAUCUGGGCAUGAUCUUCAUAAUCCAAACCACUCCCAAGCUUCAUACACCCAUGUACUUUUUCCUCAGCUGCCUUUCUUUCGUGGACACCUGCUAUUCAUCUGCGAUUGCACCCAAGAUGCUGACAAAUCUGCUUGCUGUAAAGGGCACCAUUUCUUUCUUUGCUUGCAUCGUGCAGCAUUUGUGCUUUGGGAUGUUCGUUACCACGGAAGGUUUCUUGCUGUCAGUAAUGGCAUAUGACCGCUACGUGGCCAUUGUGAACCCUUUGCUUUACACUGUAGCCAUGUCUAAAAGAAAAUGUAUAGGGCUGGUCGUUGGUUCCUGGGUAUGUGGGACAAUUAACUCCUUAGUACACACGGUAAGCUUGGGGAGACUGUCUUUCUGCAGACUGAAUGUGGUCAGCCACUUCUUCUGUGAUAUUCCCUCCCUCCUGAAGCUGUCGUGUUCUGACACUUCCAUGAAUGAGUUGUUGCUCUUAACCUUCUCUGGGGUUAUUGCCAUGGGCACCUUCUUGGUUGUAAUCAUUUCCUAUGUAUUUAUUGUUUCUGCUAUCCUGAGAAUCCGCUCAACAACAGGCAGACAGAAAGCCUUUUCCACCUGUGCCUCUCACCUCACUGCUGUCACCAUAUUCUAUGGCACCUUAAGCUUUAGUUACAUUCAGCCGAGCUCCCAGUAUUCCGUAGAACAGGAGAAGGUGGUUUCUGUGUUUUAUACCCUGGUAAUCCCCAUGUUAAACCCACUGAUUUACAGUCUGAGAAACAAAGAAGUGAAAGAUGCUGUGAAAAGAGUUAUGAGUCAAACAUUUCAGCUGUUAAUUUCAAAUCCCUGUUAA